UAAUCAUACCGCAAUUUCAUUUGUGACUUAAAGUCUUGAAUCAUCCCAAAGCCCCCAAAAAGUUAUCCCAACCAAAAGUCCAUUCAGAUAUCGGAAUCUAAGAUCUACCAAACCUUGUUUAGUCAGAAUCUAAAAUUCUCCGAAACCUAUUUCUCCCAAUACUCGUAUAAUCCGAAUCUCCAUCUCUUUCUUCUUUCUCCAGAUUGUUUCAGUUUUCGGCUAUGGAAGCUGUUCCGGAUCAAGACACUAGUAUAUGCACUCACUGUGAUCGGGCUGUACCUGUUGCAAAUAUUGACUUGCAUUAUGCUCAUUGCUCUCGGAAACUUGAAAAAUGCAAAAUCUGUGGUGAUAUGGUUCCUAGAAAAAACCUGGAGGAUCAUUAUUUAAACACACAUGCACCGGUUUCUUGUUCAUUAUGCAGUGAGACAAUGGAGCGUGAUAUUUUAGAUAUCCAUAAAGGUGAAGAAUGCCCUCAAAGGAUUGUCACUUGUGAGUUCUGUGAGUUUCCAUUGCCAGCAAUUGAUCUGGCUGAGCAUCAGGAAGUAUGUGGGAAUCGAACAGAACUUUGUCACAUAUGUAACAAAUAUGUUAGACUUCGUGAAAGAUUCAGCCAUGAAGGUCGGUGCAAUGGCAUUAUCCAAGAUACUUCUGUGGGCUCUUCAAGCAGACAUAAAUCCAGUCUCGAGCCUUCAUUCAACAUGUUAAGCUGUAAGGAGUAUUGGUGCUUGAAAUGGUACCAGCAGCUCUAUGAUCAAGUGGUUAUGAAUUUUUUCCUUGCCAACCCAUUCAUAACCAAGUUGAACUUUAGAUCUAGGUGGAGUGGGCAUUAUUCAUGUAUAAAAGCCCAAUGGAAUCUUGCAUGAAUGAAUGUAUUAGAUAUAAAACCAAUAUUGAACCUCCGACCCAAUAGUUUAAGCUUAGUUAAGUUAGUCCAUAACAUUUCAUAUAGCUAGAAAUUGAGCCUCCUAACCUUGUGUUUGGAUAGGAAUUCUAUACUUUCCAGAAAAUUCAAAUACAUUGAAUUUUUAUUGUUCAUUUCA